UGCGACACACAAAGAGGGGAGAGUUUAUCUCCAGAGUUAGUGCUGCAGAAAGCCCUAGACCGUGAGAAACAGCCACAUAUGCAGCUCAUGUUAACUGCGAUAGACGGGGGGACUCCACCAAAUUCAGGCACCUCAGAAAUUGAAAUAAAUGUACUAGAUAUUAAUGAUAACGCACCACUGUUCAGCAGCACUCUGUACAAAGUUCACAUUUUGGAAAAUACCCCGAUUGGUACGGCAGUAUUCACCUUAAAUGCGACCGAUGCUGAUGAAGGCACAAACAGUGAAAUAGUAUAUUCUCUUCGUAGUAAGGAUCAGGAUCAUAUUCUGGAUAUUUUCAAAAUUGAUUCAGACACUGGAAUCAUUUCAGUGAAAGGCAAAAUCGACUAUGAGGAGAAAGCGUUUGAGAUUCGAGCAGAGGCCAGGGACAGAGCCCAGCCUCCUCUGUCUGCCCAUAGCAAAGUGCUGGUAGAAGUAAUUGAUGUAAACGACAACGCUCCUGAAAUAACUGUGACGUCACUGCUCAACACAGUGAAGGAGGACGCGGAUGUUGGUACUGCUAUUGCACUAGUAUCCGUUCUAGACAGAGACGGUGGUAAAAACGGUGAGGUGAAAUGUGAGAUCUUAAAUACGGUUCCGUUCAAAUUGGAGACAAAUUACAAAAACUAUUACUCUUUAGUGGUUGAUGGAUAUCUAGACCGAGAGGUAACUCCUCAGUACAAUGUUACCAUUUCAUCUACCGAUGAUGGGAGUCCCGCUCUUUCAAACACCAGUGUUAUUACUGUUUACGUUUCUGAUGUUAAUGACAACGCACCAUAUUUCCCAGAGCCGUUAAUAAACGUUUAUGUGAAAGAAAACAGCAAAGUAGGAACUGUUAUUAAAACAGUGACUGCAACUGACGCUGAUAUCAGCAUCAACGGUCAGGUGAGAUACUCAUUUUUAAACAGUAACAAUAAAUCUCUGCCCCUACCUACAAUGGUGAAUAUCAACUCAGAGACUGGAGAUAUAGUCAGCCUGCAGUCUUUUAACUACGAGGAGUUAAAGACGUUCCAGUUCAAAGUUCAGGCCACAGACUCUGGUGUUCCUCCGCUCAGCAGCAACGUGACUGUGAACGUUUGUAUCCUGGAUGAGAAUGACAACAGUCCCGCGAUCCUCGCGCCCUAUUCUGAGCACGGCUCCGUUAACAGUGAGAGCAUCCCCUAUUCUGCUGAAGCGGGAUACUUUGUGGCAAAGAUCAGGGCUGUAGACGCAGACUCUGGAUACAACGCGCUGCUUUCUUAUCACCUGUCUGAGCCCAAAGGAAACAACCUCUUCCGGAUCGGAACCAGCACCGGGGAGAUCAGGACUAAGAGGAGAAUGAGUGACAAUGACCUGAAAACUCACCCCUUGGUGGUGUUGGUUUCUGAUAACGGAGAGCCCUCCCUGUCAGCUACUGUUCUGUUGAUGUGGUGGUGGUUGAAAGCACAGCUGACAUCCAGACUCAGUUCAGACAUGUGCCCAUAA